AGCAUGGAUUUCACCAGAUGCCCCCUAGCUCGUUGUGGCCAUGGCCAUGUGGGCCAUGGCGGUGUCGCCAGCGCAGCCGCUAAAGCGGCCUGCGCCACUGGGAACCUCUGCCCGCCUGGCCGCCGCGCUGGCGGUCGCGCGCCGGCGGCGGCCGGUUGCCUGGGCGGCCGUGGUGCUGUACCGGGCGCUGGAGCUGUGCGCCAGCGCCGUUCUCCCAGCAGGCGUAUGCUGGAUUAUUGACCCGUGCGCGAUGCUCCCGAUUUUCAUACUGCUGUGGUACCUGCCGGCGGCGGGGCGCGCGGGCUCGGCCACGAAGCCGGUGGCUCUCCCGCUCCUGUGCUUCGCCGUCGGGGACGUCUCGCUGCUCGGGCUUAGGCCGGCUGCCAGGACCGCGCGUGCUAUGUGCACCAUCUGCAUUUUUCGCGUGGCAGUGCUCGUUGCGCUGAUCCCGCUCUGCAGUAGGUGGUCGCCUCUGCCAGAGGACGUCCAGCGUUCGAUCAUCAAUUGGAAGGCGCU